AUGGCUGCCGACGACGCUCCCAACCAGCCGCCAGUUGCCGGUAGCGACAAAGCGCCUGCGCCUAAACCUGCGGCGGCGACCUUUAGUUCUUUUAUUAAUAAGAAUACAACGGGCAAAAAGUUCGCACCCAAAGCCGCACGACGACGACCAGCCGCUGCUGCUGCACCCAUUCCUACACCUUCUGCGCCUGCCGAAUCGCAGACUUCGCAGGCCGAACCAGAGCCCUCGAAUGCGCCGGCGACUGAGCCUCCGACUACCGCCGAGCUACCUACACCAGCCGCGACCCAAGCACCUGCCACAGAAAAUCUUGCCCAAGCUGUCCCCAGUACAGCCGAGUCUUCUACAGCGCCGCCGCAACCGACCCCGAACCCUACCCAGCCACUGCCUACCCCAGCAUCUACCAAUACAGAAACACAGACGCAAGCCGAGAAAGAGCCCCAUGUCGCUGUACAGCCUUCGACAGACCGGGGUCUCACUACCCAAUACUUGGAAGAUGCGGGCGAUGGCGGCAGGUCACCCAAGCGGCGUCGUAUAGAACCACCCGUACAAUUAGGCACCCCAGCGAGUCAAGAUGUCGCUGCAACUGGAGGAGAUACCACGGGCCCGUCACAGUCGGUACAACGAGACAAUGAAGCAGCUGCACAAUCACACCCAGACGUCGAAGCUACGGCCGCUGUCGAUGCGCCGGCACCAGCGAACAACGCCGGCGAACAGACUGCCGACCCGAAUGUCUCCGCCCCUACUGCAGAUGCCCAGGCCCUUCCACAACCGCGAAAGAGGAGGAAGCUUCCAUGGGCAGCGGUGAACCACCCUCCAGAGGGCGAAGAAGAGGCUGCGGCUGCGGCGCCGACUCGAAAGCCUCGCCAGCCACGCAAGAAGAAGGCCCCUGCAGCAGAUCCAGAUGCGGAACACGUUGAACAAGAAGGGGAAGACGAAGAAGAGGCUCAGCCCACCCGGAAGCGAGCUGCCGCCAAGCCCCGUGCAAGAAAGAAGGUCACCGAUCCCGCUACACAAGAUGGCGAGGAAGCUCCAGCGCCGGCGAAGAAAGCCAGGAAGCCAAGAAAGAACAAGGGGGCUCUGAGCAGCGAGGUCGUCGAAGGCCCAGAAAAUGAAGUCGGCCGCAUAGCAGAUGAGAUUGUAGCAGCAGCUGUGCGUCGCAAGCCUAAAGCAAAGAGGAGGAGAAGGGCCACUCCAGAGGGCGAAGAAGGCGAAGAGGUCGAUGGAGUUGAAGGCGAAGAGGGCGCAGUCAGGGAGAAGAAACGGAAGGGGCGACCGCCACGAGAGCCCACACCAUCCGAUGCCGAAGACCAGACGAUUGACCCCAAUGAAACCUAUAUGGACACUCUAGCAGCCCGGGAUCUUCGCGUUGGAAAGCUGUCUUCACGGGAAAAGCAAAUGCGUACCAUCGAUUGGGAUGCCGUUAAGCAACGUCGAAGAGAAGAAGACAACAAGAACAUCCCUUCGAAAGCAGAUCAAGAAAAACAGGACAGACUUUUGGCAGAAGCAGGAGCGGAGCUGGCGGCUUCACAGGUUGAAGCGGGACCCAGGUAUCGUGCGAACGCAGCAGGCGAGUUGGAAUUAGAUCCCACCACUGUAUUUAUCGACCGAGAGGGCGACGCAGACCGUCUCAUUAGCGACAUGACCGUCGUUGAAGACCAAGACAUCACCGCACGCCUCACAACCCGCAGCUUCAUGAAGAACAACAAGCGCUUCCCCAACGAGUUCCUCCUGCCCGGCCAAGGACGACGUUGGACCACGGACCUCACGAAUCUGUUCUACGAGGGCCUCAGAUCCUUCGGCACCGAUUUCCAGAUGAUAUCCCAAAUGUUCCCCGGCUUCACCCGCCGCUCCAUCAAAACCAAAUUCACCCGCGAAGAACGCGACAACCCCGACGACAUCCGCGCCGCUCUCCAAGGCCGCUGCGAGAUCAACGGCGAUGGCUGGAAUACGUUCCUACAGAAAUCGGAAAAGACCGAGGCCUCUUUCGCCGACACGGACAGGAUCAAGCGCGAAAUGGCGGCGGAGGAAGCAGAGUAUGCGGAGAAAAUCGCCAAGGCAAAAGCGGAAGCCCAGGAGAGGAAACGCCAGAGGGAGCUUGCGGGUGUGGAUCAGGAUGGGAAUCCGAUUGGUGACGGCGCGAAUAAAGAGAAUGGGAAGGGCAAGAAGAAGAGGGGGAAGAAUAAGCAGGUUGCUUUUCAGGAGGAGCAGGGCGUGGAGAUUGUGGGCGAGAUUGGGGAUGAUGAUACUUGGGGUCAGGAGUAG